CCAGAAGAGGAAGAAGAAGGAGGAGGAGGAGGAAGAAGAAGAAGGUGUGUUUCUGAAAAGGGUGUUGCUACUGUUGGAGUGUAGGAGGCAACACCCGGACACAGAUUCAUAUGUUGUGAGCUGAGAGCCAAACCGGGUUUACUACAUUGCUCAGUCUGGUCAGAUGCCAAUGGAGAUGCAGCACAGCAGCAGCAACAACGGUGUGACUGACCUCCAGCAGCUGUGGGGACGUUGGAACACAAUGUUGAACAGCUUUUAUGAUGACCCCAAGGUAGCACAGGUGAUGAGCACCAGAAUGGGGCAGUACCUGAGCAGCCACCCUUUCCUCGCUCUCACUUUGUUGGUGUUCGGCUUCAUGUCUGCAAUCCCUGUCGGACUUUUCCUCUCUUUUGCUCUUGUGACCUUUAUUAUGUCGGCAGUAGGUUUGGUUUUCUUUGAAGUGUUCCUGUUGUUUGUAGGAGGGUUGACCCUGCUGAGUGUGCUCUCUGGCAUCGCCCUCUUCUCUGUCAUGGUUUCAGUCAUCUUAAAUGUGCUUUAUAUCACCAUGUCCAACAUCCUCAUCCGCUAUUACCCGCAUCUGAUAAAGCAAGGUAAAGUCCAGGAGGAGGAGAGUGAAUAUGAAACUUCAAAACUGAAGGAAACGCAGUAGCUCGAUUCUUCUUCUUCUUCUCUCUCGAUGGUCAACUUUCACACAGAACAGCUCAAAAUCACCUUAAAUCAGCACUACUGAAGCUCGGUUGGUGGGAUUCAGAGGAUUCCGACCCUUGAAUGCAGCUUACUGUACUGUAUGUAACUGAUUCUCUAAGCACAAAGACUCCCUAACAGUUACUGAAUGUCUAAAUGAAUGUCUAUUGUUACUACAUAUUUUUCUAAAGAGUCAUUAUCGCUAUAUUUGUAGACAUUUUAUACAAGUAUAAAGCGUCUACAUGGAUAUACUAAUCUUGCCUUAAUAGUCAUAUACAAGACAUUAUUUUAUUCUACAUUUGCACUACACACAAAUCUUGAAAUGGCGAACAAUGUUGACUCAUCCAAAUAAGCCAUGCACUAUUUAUAUUCUGUUUUUCAGCCUGUGUAUGUCUGCAGAUAUCUGAUGCACAUGCCUACAAAAGAAAUGCACUACCAAAUAACUUGCAUGUUUAUGUUUGCUGUUACAUUUUUCAAAGAGCACAAUGUUGUACGUUUGUAAUGCAGCUUUGAAUAAAUGCUCAUCAGAAUGAA